AUGGGAAAACGGCAGAAGCAAGUCAGCCGCCCAAACAACUUCCAAAGAGAAAACUCGAAGGAGAUACCAGUUGAUCUUUUGAUUGAGAUUUUCUCAAGAUUGACGGUUAAAGACAUUGCGUGGUGUCGUUGCCUGUCCACGCUCUGGUCGUCCGUACUGCGUCGUCGAGAUUUAACAGAACUAUUCCUGAAAAUAUCUUCGGCUCAGCCGCGUAUGUUAUUCACCUUCUUACACAACAGUAUGAGUUCUCCCUAUGUCUGUAAGAUUCUUGCCCCUGUACGUGGGUUUCUUUGUACCAAAACUAGCAAUCAUGUGAUCUAUAACCCUAGCACAGGAGAGUACAUAACUUUACCGAGAGUAUUUUGUUUCCCCACGGCAUACGUGUCGGAGGAUUUUGCCAGUUUAGUUUCAACAUUAGGAAUGGAAAAAGUAUCCUGGAGAAUGGUCGAAUGUUUGAUACCCCAUAGACCUUUACGUACUGAGAUAUACAUCGACGGAGUUUUGUACUAUCUGAUAAAUUGCAAAGGUCAAUUGGGCGUACUGUGGCCACAGACCAUUGGACUUGAUUGUCUACACAUUGGCAUUGUCGGGAUGACUAGUGGAGGUGAAAUUGUGUUAUCAACAUCCAAUCUAAACGAUCCUUUCUACAUCUUCUACUACGGUGUCGUGCUGAUCACUUUGAAUGUAGUUGAAAUCCAGUUUGGGAAUAUAGCUGAGAAGGCUAAAUACUCAAGGAUUUAUACUUUUAUAGACUAUGUAGAGAAUGUGGAGCGUCUAGAUUAG